GGAGAGUGCCCGUUUCUUGCUUGUGUGGAUCUUGGUUUUUGUCUGGCUUGAAGUAGAUCGACAACCUGGCACAACCUGCGUGUCGUCCGCCCUCGAAUCUACCUAGCGCCCAGGCCUUUCUUCCAGCCGCCGUCUACCCCGUAUUCUACUAUUCGACUCGAAGUCAUUUAUGCAGUUUCCAGACAUCUCGUUUUAAACGCGGCCUGUUGCUUGCCAGUUCUUCCCAAUUCGGACACGCCAAUUCCUGAUGACAUGAGAUAGUCCUGAAUGCUAAUUUCUCUGGUCCCUUUUCCUUCCUUGACCUUCUUAGCGGAGCAUGCGAGAUGUCAAGGUCCGCAACGCCUGCGCUUCCUCUGCAUAAUGCACAGAUCGCCGUUCCUCGGCCUUCGUCGACGGCAUCUGUAGACAUACCCUCUAAAUAUAUUCCGUCUUCAUCGACAUCGACCUACUCUCUACUAAGCCCCGAAGAAACUGCAGAGCGCCUCCAAACCUCUCCUAUCUACGGACUCACUCCUGCGGAGGCAGAAGUGCGGUUGCUACAGGAUGGACCGAACGAGCUCCCUCAUGAUGAUCCUGAGCCAUUGUGGCUGCGGUUUCUCAAGCAGUUCAAAGAGACAUUGAUACUGUUACUCCUGGCGUCUGCUGCUAUUUCCUUCUUUAUGGGCAACUACGACGAUGCGAUUAGCAUUACUAUCGCCGUGACGAUUGUCGUGACCGUGGGAUUUAUCCAGGAGUAUCGGUCGGAGAAGUCCCUGGAGGCUUUGAACCGUCUUGUACCGCAUCAUGCUCAUCUUAUCCGCAAUGUUCCCUCCGAUUACAGUACAAUGAAAGCACCAGCUUCAACUACGGACGGAACUGAGAUUGAAAUGCAGGAGCCAAGGAACUCCAGCAGUAUGUCGGCAGCUGUGCAAGCUUCCACGACCGUUCCCGCAAGUCAGCUUGUCCCAGGUGACUUGGUACUGUUCUCAACUGGUGAUCGUAUUCCGGCUGAUAUUAGAAUCACGAUUGCUACCGAUUUGGCCAUUGAUGAAUCUAACUUGACGGGGGAGAAUGAACCCGUGGUGAAAUAUUCAGAUGCCUUGCGCGGUGUAAGUGGCUUACGGUCGUCAAAAACCGUCACACCCCCUAGAUCUCCGUUCUAUGACGCGCCUGCUAGCGGCACUGUUGGUACGGAUAUUCGGUUGAAUGAACAGCACAAUAUCGCCUUCAUGGGUACGCUGGUACGAUCGGGGCAUGGACAGGGAAUUGUGAUUGCAACUGGCCCAAAGACAGAAUUUGGCAGCAUUUCGGCUUCACUUCAGGAGAUCGAAAGUCCCCGUACUCCACUACAGCUGUCUAUGGAUCGACUGGGUCAGGAAUUGAGCUACAUUUCAUUUGGUGUCAUCGGAUUGAUUGUUAUCAUCGGCUUAUUACAAGGCAGGAAGCUGCUUGACAUGUUUACCAUUGGAGUUUCACUUGCCGUUGCGGCUAUUCCCGAAGGUCUACCGAUCAUUGUGACUGUCACGCUUGCGCUAGGGGUGCUGCGCAUGGCCAAGAGGGGGGCUAUCAUGCGGAAACUUCCAAGCGUGGAGACUUUAGGCUCAGUGAACGUUGUCUGCAGCGAUAAAACCGGGACCCUGACAAUGAACCACAUGACAGUCAGCCGAAUGUGGCAUUUUGACUGCCCGGAGCCAUUCGAGGUCAACAACGAUAUCACUUCAUUGACGCCCGGGCCGGCUGCGCGGACAGUCCUCCGCAUUGGAAACAUCGCCAACAACGCCAGACUCUACCGUAUGCAUGCGAAUUCUCCUGCCAGCGCGUCAUCAGCCGCAGUUCUGAGUUCGACAGUUGACAGCUCGUCGGGUGCCGUUAAGAGCAAAUGGGUCGGUCAACCGACCGACGUGGCCAUCCUGGACUUGUUGGAUACUUUCGGGGAAGAAGAUGUACGUGAACGCAUAAGUGCGCGUGUUGCUGAGACACCUUUCAGCUCGGAACGGAAGUGGAUGGGCGUGGUUAUUGGAAGCAGUGCACCUGAGGACUUGUCCUCUUUCACCGCAAAUGGAGGCACCGAUGUCGCGUAUAUUAAAGGCGCUCUUGAACAGGUAUUAUCGCGAUGCGAUACGUACCUAACGAAGGAUGGCCGUGAAGUGAUUCUGGAUGAGCCACGACGCAAGAUAGCUAGACAGGCGGCCGAGCAAAUGGCAGCAGAGGGACUGCGGGUGCUAGCCUUUGCGAGCGGACCAGUGCGGGGCGAUGUUCGGGCAAGUCGCAAUGGCAGUCGAUCAAGAACUCCUGUUGGUAUGACUAACCCAGCUGAAAACGAUGAACGCUUUAGCGGGCUUGUCUUCGCGGGACUGAUGGGGAUGAACGACCCCCCGCGAAAGGAUGUCCACAAGGCUAUUUGGCGCCUGAUGACGGGCGGAGUGAGGAUAAUCAUGAUUACGGGCGAUGCUGAGACAACGGCUGUUGCGAUUGCCAAGAAACUCGGGAUGCCGAUCAAUGAUUCCGCGGGAGCACGACCCGUACUGCGAGGAGACGAGAUUGACCACAUGAGCAUUCAGGAGCUUGCACAGUCUAUUGCGUCGACGUCAAUCUUUGCGCGCACGAGCCCUGACCACAAGAUGAAGAUCGUCCGUGCAUUGCAAUGGCGGGGAGAUGUGGUGGCCAUGACGGGAGACGGAGUCAAUGAUGCACCGGCUCUGAAGAAAGCGGACAUCGGAAUUUCCAUGGGCAAGCUCGGCACGGACGUUGCUAAGGAGGCGGCGGACAUGAUCUUGACGGACGACGAUUUCUCGACGAUCCUUCGAGCCAUUGAACAGGGCAAAGGCAUUUUCUAUAACAUUCAGAACUUCAUUACGUUUCAAUUGAGCACUAGCGUUGCUGCUCUCAGUCUCGUACUGCUGAGCACCAUGCUGGGGUUUAAGAAUCCACUUAAUGCGAUGCAAAUACUUUGGAUCAACAUCCUCAUGGACGGCCCACCGGCGCAGUCCCUAGGCGUGGAGCCAGUUGACCCAUCGGUCAUGAGUCGGCCACCACGUCGCAAACAUGCGCGCGUCUUAACCAAACUGCUUGUCCGUCGCGUCCUGACAUCGGCCUUAAUCAUCAUGCUGGGGACUCUUGCAAUCUAUAUCCACGAGAUGGGCGACGAAAGCGACACCGCCAACACGGGGAAGCGUACCCGGGUUGUUACAGCACACGAUACGACGAUGACGUUUACCUGCUUUGUGUUCUUCGACAUGUUCAAUGCCCUUACGUGCCGCAGCGAGGGUAAAUCAGUACUUCGCGGCGAGCUGCCGUUGUUUGGAAAUAAGAUGUUCAACUAUGCGGUUCUGGGGUCCCUUGCGGGCCAGGCGUGUGUUAUUUACCUACCUUUCCUGCAACGCAUCUUCCAGACAGAGGCACUUGGCUUUGGGCACCUGUUUAAGCUGAUAUGCAUAUCGAGUUCGGUAUUCUGGGUUGACGAGGCGCGGAAGCACUUCCGCGCAGUCAGUAGCCGACGAGCUGUCGGAGCGGGAUAUAGUACGAGCGUUUAAUAAUAACCAGUAGAGUUGCGCAAGGGAUAUGGGAUUGACGAAUAGAAAGGGGUAUGUAUGAUAAUGGCUGCGUCGAGCCUUUUUUUUUUCUGUGUUAUCUUUGAAGCCAUUUGGGGUGUAGUAUAAAAUAAUUUCUUUCCAGGCCAGUCUGGAUUUGGGACAGGACAUGUGGUAUAUAAUACAUGUAGGAGGAACACUGGUCUAGUGUUCCUGAUAAUCGCAUUCAUAGAGAAUAAAAAAAGAGAGAUGAUAGUUAU